CUGGGAGCGGCGCGCUUUCCGGCGGAGUCGCGGCGCGUUGCGGCUGUCAUGGCGGAUGCCGUCUGGAACACUGACACCGGGGAGGCUGUAUAUCGCUCUCGGGACCCCGUGCGCAACUUGCGCCUCCGAGUCCACUUGCAAAGAAUCACAUCAAGCAACUUCCUCCACUACCAGCCUGCUGCCCAGCGCGGGAACGACCUCAUAGACUUGGCCACUUUCAGGCCCCACCCAACCGCCAGUGGACACCGCCCAGAUGAAGAGGAAGAGGAGGAGGUCUUGAUUGGAUGGCAGGAGAAGCUCUUUAGCCAGUUCGAAGUAGACCUGUACCAAAAUGAAGCAGCCUGUCAGAGCCCUCUGGAUCAUCAGUACCGUCAGGAGAUCCUAAAGCUGGAGGAUUCAGGUAGAAGGAAGAACCGACGAAUCUUUACCUACACUGACUCUGAUAGAUACACCAACUUGGAGGAGCACUGUCAGAAAAUGACCACCGCAACCAGGGAGGUGCCAUCAUUCCUGGUCGAGCGAAUGGCAAAUGUCAGGCGGCGCCGGCAGGACAGGCGAGGGAUGGAGGGUGGCAUCCUCAAGUCACGAAUUGUCACCUGGGAACCCUCGGAAGAAUUCAUCAGGAACAACCAUGUCAUCAACACCCCUCUUCAGACCAUGUACAUCAUGGCAGACCUGGGGCCCUAUGGCAAGCUUGGCUAUAAGAAUUGUGAACAUGUCCUCUGUACUCUGAAGGUGGACAGCAAUGGUGUGAUCACAGUAAAACCUGACUUCACUGGUCUCAAAGGACCCUACAGAAUUGAGACCGAGGGGGAGAAGCAGGAGCUGUGGAAGUACACCAUCGACAACGUGUCCUCCCUCGCGCAGCCGGAGGAGGAGGAGCGGGAGCAGCGUGUGUUCAAGGAUCUCUAUGGCCGACACAAGGAGUACCUCAGCAGCCUGGUGGGCACCGACUUUGAGAUGACGGUCCCCGGCACCUUCCGGCUCUUUGUGAACGGAGAGGUAGUUUCAGCCCAAGGCUACGAGUAUGACAAUCUCUACGUGCACUUCUUUGUGGAAUUACCAGCUGGUAAUUGGUCAAGCCCAGAGUUCCAGCAGCUCUCGGGAAUAACACAGACCUGUGCCACCAAGUCCCUGGGAAUGGACAAAGUAGCCUACUUCUCUUAUCCAUUCACAUUUGAGGCCUCCUUCCUCCAUGAGGACGAAUCAGCUGAGGCUCUCCCGGAGUGGCCUGUGCUCUACUGCGAGGUCCUCUCCCUGGACUUCUGGCAGAGGUACCGUGUGGAAGGCUACGGGGCUGCGGUGCUGCCUGCCACUCCAGGCUCUCACACCCUGACGGUCUCCACGUGGAGACCCGUGGAGCUUGGCACAGUGGCUGAACUGAGGAGGUUCUUCCUUGGUGGGUCUCUGGAACUGGAGGACCUGUCCUAUGUGCGGAUACCAGGAACCUUCAAGGGGGAGCGUCUGAGCCGUUUUGGGCUCCGUACAGAGACCACAGGUAGCGUCACCUUCCGCCUGCACUGUCUGCAGCAGUCCAGGGCCUUCAUGGAGUCGAGUUCUCUCCGGAGAAGGAUGCGGAGUGUGUUGGACCGUCUGGAAGGAUUUAGCCAGCAGAGUUCCGUUCACAAUGUGCUGGAGGCCUUCCGUCGCGCCCGGCGCCGCAUGCAGGAGGCCCGAGGAAGCCUUCCCCAGGACCUAGUGAGCCCCUCGGGAACCGUGGUCUCCUAGCUUGCUGCAGCGCUGUCCCUCUGGGCAAGAGGACACGGGGGGCGAUAGCCACGGCCGGUGCUCUCCCACCUCCUCACCUUUCUUAUUAGAGCCGUUAUUGGAGACGUGCCAAGAACCGGAAGAGCUGAGGAAACCCCAAGCCAGCCCCUCUGCCUAGUCUGCAGGGUUUCCUCCCUGCCACGUGGCAGUUAACCAGAGACCCCAUGGCCCGCAUAUUCAUGUUUCAGCCACUGCAAGUGGGAGGCACAACAAGACAGGGUUUCUGCUUUGAGACUGGUUUGGGAUAACCCCAUAGUUAGUUCCGUCCUCAGCACAGCCUCUUUUCUGGCUUGCCUCCCAGACACAGUAGCUGUGGGCUGUGGGUGCCUCCUCCCCCACAACCUCUUUACAAGUGGAGCCUCAAGAAAGGGGGAAAGUGAGGGAGACCUCCCAUUCCCCGCCCAGGAGUCUCAGCCUCUUCUCUGCAGAGGGGCUUCGUCCUACUGCUUGAGGCUCGUUGCAUUUGAGAUACUACUGUUUCUGGAGCAAAUGAAGGCUGCAGGCAGUUUCCAGUGUGUUCUGCUAGCUGGGUAGUGUCUUUUAUUGUGUAUUUUAUACAUAAAAGCUUUUUA